CGCUCUGCUGGGAGGGCAGCGGCGAUUUCGAAUUCCGGGGCGUUUGGUUCGGGUUCGUAGCUGGCCUCGCCUCAGUGAAGCUGGGCAAGAGGGUCUUCACAGCAGAAUAAAGUGAAGCAUUUUUGGCAGGCAAAUGCUGCAUUGCUGAGACGUAGGAGAAGAAUGCUGCAAAAGUAAUUACUAAGCAACAUCCUUGAACCCAGGGGCACACAUCUUGAGAGAGAAUCUCCAAGCCUUUCUCAGAGGCAUUAUCAAGGACCAUGGCUAAUAAAACCCAGGAGGUUGGUGGCAUCCAAUUCCCUUUUCCUUAUACACCAUAUUCCAUCCAGAAAGACUUCAUGUCAGAGCUAUACCAGGUGUUGGAGGCUGGAAAGAUUGGGAUAUUUGAGAGUCCAACUGGCACUGGAAAGUCCUUAAGUCUUAUUUGUGGGGCCCUCUCCUGGCUCCGUGACUUUGAACAGAAGAAGCGGCAAGAAGAGGCUCAACUCCUUAAAACUGGAACCGUCCCUUUAAAUGAUGGGAAGGACCAGCCCCCAUCUCCCUCCUGCCAGGACACUCCAAGCACCCUGGGGCUGGCUGGAGAACCUGACUGGGUUACUCAGUUUGUGCAGAAGAAGGAAGAACGGGACCUGGUGGACCGACUGAAGGAGGAGCAGAUCAGGAGGAAGAAGCGAGAAGAACGCCUCCAGCAGAUCCGCCACAAUGCACAGCUGAAGUAUGCAGCCAAGCGCGUGAGACAAGAAGAAGAAGAAACUGAGAAUCUUCUUCGCCUCAGCAAGGAGAUGCUGGCAGCAGGAACGGAGACUGAGCAGCUCAAGCAGCUGGAAUCGGGGGAGGAGGAGCUGGUCCUUGCUGAAUAUGAGAGUGACGAAGAGAAAAGAACAGCCAGUGGAGUAGAUGAAGACGAGGAGGACCUUGAGGAGGAACAUGUAACUAAAAUUUAUUACUGCAGCCGGACACACUCCCAGCUGGCCCAGUUCGUACAUGAGGUUCAGAAGAGCCCCUUUGGCAAGGAAACCCGACUGGUCUCCCUUGGCUCCCGGCAGAACCUCUGUGUAAAUGAAGACGUGAAGAACCUGGGUUCUGUGCAGCUUAUCAAUGACCGCUGCAUGGAGAUGCAGAGAGAAAGACAUGAGAAGAACAACAACACUGAGGAAGAGAAGCCCAAGCGAAGAAAGCGGGAGAACAGGGCUGCCUGUCCCUUCUACAACUACGAGCAGAUGCAGCUGCUCUGCGACGAGAUCCUGGUGGAGGUAAAGGACAUUGAGCAGCUGGUGACCCUUGGGAAGGAGGCACGAGCCUGUCCCUAUUACGGGAGCCGAUUUGCCAUCCCUGCAGCCCAGCUGGUGGUGCUGCCCUACCAGAUGCUGCUGCACGCGGCCACCCGCAGGGCCGCGGGGAUCCGGCUGCAGGGCCAGGUGGUGAUCAUUGAUGAGGCACACAACCUGAUCGACACCAUCACAGGCAUCCACAGUGCUGAGGUCAGCGGCUCCCAGCUCUGCCAGGCCCAUUCCCAGCUGCUUCAGUACAUGGAACAAUACAGGACGCGUUUGAAGGCCAAGAACCUGAUGUACAUCAAGCAGAUCCUGUACCUGUUGGAGCAGUUUGUGUCUGUGCUGGGUGGGAACAUUAAGCAAAAUCCCAAUACACAGAGCCUCCCGCAGACAGGGACAGAGCUGAAGACAAUCAACGACUUCCUUUUCCAGUGUCAGAUUGACAACAUCAACCUGUUCAAGGUGCAGCGGUACUGUGAAAAGAGCAUGGUCAGCAGAAAGCUCUUUGGCUUCACAGAACGAUACGGAGCAGUCCUCCUUCCCUCCAGGGAGCAGCCCAGGCUGGCUGGGUUCCAGCACUUCUUGCAGAGCCUGCAGCCCGGGGCGACUGAGGCAGCGCCUCCAGCCCCUGCAGAGGAGGGUGAGGCCAGGGCACCGCGGCCUGCUUCUCCGCUGAUGCACAUUGAAGGCUUCCUGGCAGCUCUCACAACUGCUAACCAGGAUGGCAGGGUCAUCCUGAGCCGCCAAGGCACCCUCAGUCAGAGCAGCCUCAAAUUCUUGCUCCUGAAUCCAGCUGUGCACUUUGCCCAGGUGGUGACGGAGUGCCGGGCCGUGGUCAUAGCAGGGGGCACCAUGCAGCCGGUGUCAGACUUUCGGGAACAGCUGCUGGCAUGUGCUGGGGUUGGAGCCGAGCGUGUGUUGGAGUUUUCCUGUGGUCAUGUGAUCCCUCCAGACAACAUCCUGCCGCUCAUCAUCUGCAGUGGGCCCUCCAACCAGCAGCUGGAAUUCACAUACCAGAAGAGGGAGCUGCCAUCCAUGAUGGAUGAAGCAGGUCGCAUUCUCUGUAACCUGUGCAAUGUGGUUCCCGGAGGAGUGGUCUGCUUCUUCCCCUCCUAUGAGUACCAGCGCCAAGUCCAUGCCCACUGGGAGAAGAGUGGCCUGCUGGCCCGCCUGGCCAUCAAGAAAAAGAUAUUUCAAGAACCUAAGAGAGCAAACCAGGUGGAGCAGGUGCUGAUGGAAUAUUCCAGGUGUAUUAAGUGCUGUGGCCAGGCAGGACACACGAUGACAGGGGCCCUGCUCCUCUCUGUGGUUGGCGGGAAGAUGAGUGAGGGAAUCAACUUCUCUGACGACCUAGGCCGGUGUGUGGUCAUGGUGGGCAUGCCCUACCCCAACAUGAAGUCUCCAGAGCUGCAAGAGAAGAUGGCCUACCUGGACCAGAGUCUUCCCAGAGCGCCAGGUCAGGUGCCCCCAGGCAAGGCUUUGGUGGAGAAUCUAUGUAUGAAGGCCAUCAACCAAUCUAUAGGCAGGGCCAUCAGGCACCAGAAGGACUUUGCAAGCAUUGUGCUCCUAGACCAGCGCUACACCCGCACCCCCAUUCUGGCCAAGCUGCCGGCCUGGAUCCGGGACCGUGUGGAGGUCAAAGCCGCAUUUGGCCCUGCCUUUGCUGCUUUGCGCAAGUUUCAUCGGGAGAAGUCUGGCCCCUUCUGACAGACAGCUGGCCACACCACUGCCCAUGUUCCAGGCUCUCCCUUCACCCUCCCAACUGAAUGUUGUUUGUCUUGGGCCGCCUCUGCAUGGAUCCUGCCCAAGAAGGUGUAAGAAGCCCAGGUGAACCAUGUUGGUUCCCUCCUGGAAUCAGGGCUGCCAGGAUCCAGGCAGAGGUGGAAAAGGCAACAGGAAGAAAGUCACGUUUACCCUGAAGAAACAGUGGGUAUGGGCCCACUUCAGCCUGUGCAGUUCCCUGCCCCACCCAUCCCACCCGGCCUCCUCAGGCUUCCUGCCUGGCCUUUAGGAGGGGGGAGAAGCUGGAGCACCUUCAUCCUGGCCCACCUGCCUCUACUCUUCCUGUUCUAGACCUUUCACCCUCUCUUCAUCUAAUCCAAGAACAUCUCUCCAUUUCUAUCCCCCUGGGGUCCGUGGGGCUCGUCCUGCCCUCCUGCUCUGUAAGUCAUCAAGCCCUGCCCCCACAGCCCUCCCUAGGGAUUUUACCUCCAUGGCUGGGUGCCAGUUCCUCCUUGAAGUCAAUGGCACCCUCGUUUCUCUCAGCCACUUGAGCAAAUUCCAAGACACCUCCUAUCCUGACAUCAGCAAUUAUACCAAGGGCCAUUAGGCUUUCGGCAAGACUAUUUUUAGAGACCCAGUGUCUAUCACUUGAGAUUAUUUUCUUCUGUGAAACUAUCCCUCUCAAGCUGUAACAGCUGCCCUUGUUAACCUGCCCCUCUUCUUUCCAUGACCCGAGAUACCUGUCAACUUGGCCAUUGCCUGGAGGCCAGCCACUGGCUUGGAGGGGAUACUUGCAUUUUGCACAACUAUAGUUCCUUUAUUAAAAGCACACUGUUGGUUUGUACUUAGA